UUGAGAGAUUUAUUUGGUUAAAAUAAUGAUACAGUGAUAUCACUAAUUAACGCAUAAAAUGAACAGCCAGAAACUAAUCCAUAAAACUUAACUUCCAUCUUCAUUAUCGUCGUGAAAAGUUUUUUUACCAAUACAAAAUUAAGAGGUGCAGAUCGUUUUUACAUACGUUAUGUGUGUAAAGAUGGAGCAGGAAACGGAAAAGAGAAAGGAAGGUAAAAGUGAAGAAAAUGAAGAGAAAUGGGUGCAUGAUGCAUCUGUGGAUUAUAAAGGCAGACUUCCUCUCCGUGCUUCCACUGGUGUAUGGAAAGCCUCCCUGUUUAUCCUUACAAUUGAAUUUAGUGAAAGGGUAUGCCACUUUGGGUUAUCCAGUAAUCUUAUCACGUACCUGACUAAAGUGAUGCAUAAAGACCUCAAUACAGCGACCAAGAAUGUAAACUAUUGGGUAGGAGCAACAACCCUCAUGCCUCUAAUUGGAGGAUUUGUUGCUGAUGCCUACACCGGUAGAUAUCGUAUGAUAAUCUAUUCUUCCCUCGUAUACCUAAAGGGACUAAGCAUGUUGACCAUGUCUCAAUUCAUGCCAAUUCUAAAACCAUGCAACAAUGAGAUAUGUGAUCGACCAAGGAAGUUUCAUGAAGUGGUUUUCUUCUUUGCCCUUUACUGCAUCGCCUUGGGAACAGGAGGAUAUAACAACUUCAAAAUCCCACCAGCUUCCAUGGCAUCUGUUACAGCUAUUAGCUCCAUAAUAUCUGUCCCAAUAUAUGAUAAGAUUAUUGUUCCAAUUCUGAGGAAAGUGACAGGGAAUGAGAGAGGCAUCAGCAUCUUUAGGAGGAUUGGCAUUGGCCUAACAUUCUUAGUCUUAGCCAUGGUUGUUGCUGCCUUAGUAGAAACAAAGAGAUUAAAAACAGUUGAACAUCAAGUUUUAACAGUAGGGGGAACUAGGCAUGAGACAAUGAGUGUGUUGUGGUUGAUACCCCAAAACUUGAUACUUGGUCUUGGAGCAGAUUCAUUGUCUCUAAUUGGUUUGCAAGAGUAUUUCUAUGACCAAGUUCCUGACUCAAUGAGAAGCUUAGGAAUGGCCUUGUAUCUUAGUGUGCUUGGAGCAGGAUUCUUCUUAAGCAGCUUUUUGAUCAUCAUUGUGGACCACGUCACGGGGAAGAAUGGGAGAAGUUGGAUUGCCAAAGAUAUAAAUUCAAGUCGUUUGGAUAAGUUUUAUUGGAUGUUGGUUGUAGUAAAUGCUUUAAAUUUGUGUCUCUUUAUAUUCUUGGCAAAGAGGUACACUUACAAGACUGUACAUAGAAAAGCUUCAGAAAUUGAUGGCUGUAACAGUGAUGCGGUGGAAAUAGUGGCUUGAUACGAGCAACUUAGGUGUACCACACUUGCUACAUUUUCUGCUUAAUGUAC